CUUCAGUCGGUUCUGACACUACAUCAUGAACAUAAAUUUCGAAAACAAGCGUAUUCUCGUCACAGGUGGUUGCCAGGGUAUUGGCAAGGAGAUAUGUUUGCGCCUAUCAAAGUACAAAGGCACAGUUAUUGCACUAUCAAACAACAAAGAAAAUCUCGACAAAUUGUCAAAAAAAUAUCCUGAAAUACAAACAAUUUUUGUUGAUCUUCUGGACUGGGAUGCCACAAGAGCUGCUGUCAAAACCAUCUUGCCAAUCGAUUUGUUGGUCAACAAUGCUGGGAUUGGAAUAUUUGCACCUUGUCUAACAGCGUCGCCGGAGGACUUUGAUUUGACGUUUGGCGUCAACGUCAGGGCAAUGUUGAACGUGUCACAGGUUGUGGGACAAAAUUUGGUCGAGAGAGCAUCGCCCGGCAGCAUAGUUAAUCUGUCGUCUCAAACCAGCCGUGGAGCUAUUCACAACAGCCUUAUCUACUGUUCGUCCAAGGCUGCUGUUAACAUGUUGACCAAGACAAUGGCAUUAGAACUGGGGCCGAAGAAUAUUCGCGUCAACUGUGUGCUACCAACUGUGUGUUUGACGGGUUUAGGAAAACUUUUUAUCGACGAUGAAAAAAGAUCCAAUAUGAUGAAAAAUCGCAUUCCACUCGAUCGGUUCGUAGAACCCAACGAAAUAGUCGACGCAGUGAUAUUUUUACUUAGCGAUAGGAGUUCAAUGAUAACUGGAGUUGAACUUCCAAUCGAUGGUGGAUUCUUGGCUACAUGAGGAUUAUUAUUUUUAAUGUCUUUGUUACAAGAUUUUUCAUUUUUGUACGAAACAAUAACGAAAUUUUUUUGUUAGCAACAUGCGUUCACUCGUUUAAGAGUUGAGUUGGUAACGCUUUGGAUAUAAAAUAAUAACGAAUAAUAAUAUAAGCAAAAUGUGUUAAAAGCAUGGAAAUAAGAGUGUGAACUUAAAUUCAUGA